AUGAGCGCAGAGAAGCUUAAGAAAUUUGAGGCGAGCGAGAAGAAGUAUUACGAGAAGGAGCGCGGCCUCGAUGAUACGGCCGAGGAGAUACUCGUGAGCUCGCCGCAGUCUUCGCCGUCUUCGUUUUCGUUUCCUCCUCUCUUUUCGUUCUCGACGACGAGCGGGAAAAGAGAAGACCGAGAACAAGAACAAGACUCGCGAGAGGGACAACUCACUCCUGCGAUGGGAGUAUCUACGCCUUCUUUAACGAAAUCGCUCGCGUUUGCUUCUCCGCCUUAUUUGAGAAUAAGUUCGGCUGGAGGAGGAGGAAGCGGAGAAGAAGAACGGUUUUCGCCUCUUAUCGAGACGUUUUUCGAAGUGUUAUCCCCGCGCUCUUGGAUGAAGAAAAACAAAGAGAAAGAACGACAACGUCGACGACACCGUACGCGAAUACUUCCAGGUAUUUUGAACAACUGUAAAGUGGUAGCGGUGAAUAUUUGUUUUGCAUUUCCAGUAUCGGUUAUGGCGUUGUUGUUCUCCUCAGCGGUGGUCCCGAUUAUUUCGGCGCACGCCGCUUUAACUGCCAUUCUUUUUCUUUCGUUAUCAGUUGCGUUUGAGAUGCUUGAAAUCUUGAUUCAAUCUCUUCACUCGAUGAGUGAUGUCCAGCCGUAUUAUCGCGAAGUGUCAGAAUUAGCGUUAAAGUCAUCAAUGAAGGAGGUAAAGUCGUACAAGCGACGCGUCCCAUUGCUCUUCUCGACUGAAAAAGACAACGACAACGACAGCGAAGAAGAAGAAGAAACGAAGCGAGAACAAGAAGGCUCUUCACAAACAGCGCCGUGA